CGCCCCGCUCCGCCCAUGUCGGUCUCGUCGCGCUUCGAGCUCCGGGCAUCCUCCGCCCUUCACCAGCCGCCGCCGCCCGUCGGCAUGAGCGGCGAUGGCGGGACGUUCGCCGACGCGGGCAACCUCGACCACUGCGCCAAGUACCUCAACCAGACGCUCGUCACCUUCGGCUUCCCGGCCUCGCUCGACCUCUUCGCCACCGAUCCGGUAUCCAUUGCCAGAACGUGCAACUGCAUGUACGCACUGCUGCAGCAGCGCCAGAGAGACAUCGAGUUCCGGGAAUCCACCAAUGAUCUACGGCAGCGUAUGCAGUCAGAUAUUUCAAGGCUAGAAGCCAAGAUCGAAAGAAUGGAUGCCCAAUUAGCAGCAAAAGAUCGAGAGCUGGCUACUUUGACCCGAACGGAGGCCAAAAAUACGGCUGCUUUGAAAGCUCAGAUUGAGAAGCUGCAGCAGGAACGCGACGAAUUUCAAAAAAUGGUUAUUGGAAAUCAGCAAGUACGCACCCAACAAAUUCAUGAAACAAAGAAAAAAGAAAAGGAAUACAUCAAACUGCAGGAGAAACUAAACCAGGUACUGAUGGAAAAGAAAAAGGAAUCAUCCCGUUCAGGAAUGGAAAUAAUGAACUUGUUGCAGAAAGAAGGACGACAACGUGGGACAUGGACUGGAAAAAAGAACGAUAAUGACUACUACAAAAUGAUAGUUGAUGCAUAUGAAGUGAAAAAGCAAGAGCUAGUCCAAGAGAAUGCUGAUUUGCGGGCAUUGCUACGUUCGAUGCAGAUGGAUAUGCGUGAGUUUCUCAAUGCUCCAAAUGGAUCAGCGCAGCCUGCUGUUUCUGGAAACGGAAGGCAGGAGUCAGGAUCACCGCAGUCCCCACUUGGUGGCAAGACGGAUGUGUUCGACUUGCCCUUUCACAUGGCCAGAGACCAGAUAGAGGAGAGUUUGCGCACAAAAAUGGCUUCAGUAAAGGCACGGAUGACACAACUUCAAGAUGCUCAAAAAGGCGCUGAAGUGACCUCGGAAGUUACCGAGCGUGAACUUGAACUUGAAGCUCAAUUAGUUGAAGCCAGAAGCAUCAUUCAAGAGCAGGCGACCAUAAUGUCUAAGCACUUCUCCAAGUCUGAUAAACCAAGCAGGAGGUUAAGUGGCCUGGAUGCUGAGCGUGAGGCGAUUCAUUCUGCCUCUGCAGAUACCUAAAGAUAUGUUUAUGGUGAGUUUCAGUUCUGGAAGACUGCAAGGCCAUGUCAGCCUGUGAUGGAGGUCUCUUGUGUUUGUAACUACCGUAGUAUAGCCCAGGAUGAACCUCUUCCUGCCGUGGCACCAUUGAGUCCAGCCGCAGCCUAUGUAGUAAGUAUGAUGUCUCAUCUGCCGUUGCUAACCGGUAAUCCUGUAGGAUGACAGCCUAGCUGCUACUAAUCAUCUCUGAUGGAAUGGAGUCUUGCGAUGUGUUAUCUUGGUA